GGGGCGUAUCUCCUUGAUCAUGUGUAUUCGUCUGAUUCGAGGUCCCUAGCUACCCCUGACAGACCCUGACCUGCUCUAAUACCUCGAUCAGGCCAGGGAUCAUUGCCCUUUCUUCAUCAUCCCUCGCGAGUAUUCUAAUUAGAAGCUACUUCCACCCGGCCUUCGUGAACAAAGAUGUCCGCCUACUGUGCACCAUGUAACAGGUCCUUCAAGGAUCAGAGUGGUCUUGACCAACAUCUGCGAAAAUCGUCAAGCCACAAGCCAUCAUCUACUCAAAGACUGCCAUUAGCAAUCCCGUCUGGCUCCAAUACCCCUCAUGUGAAAACUCCUGCCAUCCAGAAGACACCCAAAGGUGCGAAAUCGCCCUGGUCCCGAAUUACAACGUCUGAAUACACGACAGCACUCGAUGAGCUAUCUGCACACUGCCAUUCGACGAAGGAGCUCGAGGAGCACGACUAUAUCGUACGCCCAUAUGAUCCAGAGGAUUAUGUCAAUGCAAAGAUAUGCAAACAAUGCCAUGGCAAACAAAUACGAAUAGUCCGCCAAGAAUGUACCUUCCAUCCAUCCAAGCGGAACAAAUGGAACAAGAAGAAGCCGUAUAAGUGUUGCGAUACCAUUACGGGUGGCGGGGGCUGUCGGACUUUGCCGACUCACGAUUUUGAUCUACCCCGACAUGCCUUAAGGCAUCAGGACUUCCGACAGACACCAGGUGCAUCGACGCAGCCAAAGUCUCGAGCGGUGGCGCUUGAUUGCGAAAUGGCGGGCAUUGGUGGCGGAGCUAGUGAAGUUAUUCUACUCUGCGCUACUGACUUUCUUACCGGCGCAGUGCUUGUCAACCGACUAGUGUGUCCGAACGAACGAAUAACCGACAUGCGAACGUCGAUCCACGGUAUAACGAAAGCCUCACUUGAUGAAGCGACCGCGCAAGGGAAGGCGUUAUCGGCUUGGGAAGGGGCUCGAUCUGAGCUGUGGAAACAUAUCGACGAUAGAACUAUACUUGUUGGUCAUGCCUUGGAGCAUGACCUGGGUGCGCUGAGGAUGAUUCAUCCCCGUGUUGUGGAUUCCAGUAUCUUGUCAGAAAUUAUGGUUGGGGGACAUCGUGUUCGAUUUGGAUUGCAAAAACUAUCCUCCGAACUUCCCAAGAUUCAAAUCAGGAAGGGUAAGGACGGCAUUCAUGAUUGUAUGGAGGAUGUGCUUGCUACGCGGGAGCUUGUGCUGUUCUGUACCCGAGCCCGAAACAAGACAGCAUUCAGGGCUUGGGCUGAAGCUAAGACCCUCGAUCAGAUACGCCGGGAGGCGGAGCGGCGGGCAAAGAAAGAAGAGAAAGCAAAUAAACGUCACAGAAUGAGGGCCAGGGGUGGAAGUAGCAGCUACGCUAUUGAGUCGGACGAUGAAGAAGAAGUUCUGCAUUGGUCGGAUAUCGCCGAAGAUUUUGGGUGGCCACAUCCCGACACUGGAUACGACCCCUGGUCGGACUAGGCUCAAGUGCCUGGCAUAGACUACUAUGUACAGAUACUACUAACAAUUCCUCUCUCAGAAUGCUAGCCUAUCUACGUUCCUAUGUACUCAAUUAAACACCACGAGGAUGCAUGGGUCAGAAACAAAGGGGUGUCGUAGCAUGGCCGAGUACUAUUUCAACAACUCGCAAUGCGGACAGGCGUGAAUAUACUAGCAUAUUCGGCCCUAU